CCUAAGCCUCGCCUUCUAAGACGCCAAAAGUCGACCUCAGACAUUGACACUAACGUAAAUACGCCGGAACUCGAGGACUCUGCCAGAGGUCGAAUGGCAGCUUCUAUUUCAGUCCCUCAAGUGGACCCAAUUUAUCAGCUUCUUAAGCAAGCGGGAGACCUCGGUACCACUAGGAGACCCGACAGAUUUGAGAAAGAUACUGGAGCGCCCUCUUCUGACCAUGGUGGGGGGAGUGGGAGCUCACUGUUAACCCCACGAUCCAUAGGAAUUCCAACUCCUUCUUCUUCCAACAUGCUGUCUGUGACAACAGGAUCCCACCACCCCUCUAGCUCAGGAAGACGGAGGCAGAUUGCAUCAGCUCCCCAUAGCCCUCAGCACAAGAAGUUGUCCCUUCGCAUGAAGAGUUUAUCCCUAGACAGUCCCGAAUCUACGGAGCAUGUUCAUAGACGGCGCCAUCUUCACUCAUCGCAAUGCAGUUCUCACAACCAGUCUCCACAGAGUCCAGUACAAAGUCGACGUCAACUUCUUACCGCUAAAACUGUAAGAAUGAGCUCUGUUGAUCUUCCUGAUGAGAACGAAAAGUCGCUCAGCAGUGCCUCCACUUCCCCCUGUCCCUCACCGAAACCUCACCGCUUGCUUCCUACAAAUCUCUAUGUCGUGCUGUACAAUUUCCGUUGUCGUCACCAAGACGAACUAGAUCUCAAGGCAGGAUGCACUGUGACUGUGAUAGACACGAGCGAUCCUGAUUGGUGGCAGGUAAGCUUCAUCUUUUGA